GAGUAUCUGUUACGAUCAGUCCUCCACUAUCCUACGGACGAGGCACCAUGGCACCAUUUCUUGAGUCCGUCAAGUCAUUCGCAGACGUUCCUAUCACCGACGCUGGCGUCGACACACUCGCUUUCUUGGAGGCGGCAGAGGGUUUGGUCCGCAUAUUUGAUCUUCUUGGAUCUACCGCGUUCGCUGUCGUGCAAUCCGACCUGAGAGGGAACAUUGAGAAAGUCCGUGCUAGGUACAACGCGGCACCAACUCAAUCCGCAACACUCGAGCAGCUAGUCGAGAAUGAGAAAGGCGAGAAGAAACGCACAGCGACGGAGGGCCUCAUGUGGCUUCUUCGGGGCCUCUCGUUCACGUGCAAAGGGCUUCAAAACGCACAGAACAACCGAACCGAAGAGCUCUCGACCGCCUUCACUAAAUCCUAUGAAGUGACAUUGAAGAAGUUCCACAAUUUUGUGGUCAAGGGCGUAUUCUCGGUCGCAAUGAAGGCAUGUCCGUACCGCGCUGACUUCUACAAGAAAUUGGCGGCAGAUCCCGCUGGCGGACCGCCGGUGCCAGAUGACAAGCUUAACGACGAGCUAAACAAAUGGCUCGCAGGCCUUGAGAAUAUCCUUACGAGAGUCGAGGCCUUCUACGAGAAAGGUGGCUAUGGCAAGGGUUUGUGACCUACCAAUGCUCGGUACAUGCUGUACAUGUACACGGAACAUACGCAUGCACUAAUUAUACUCUUUCCCGACCGCCUACAAAUUUGCUUUCAUUCAGUGCAUGGCGAGUAAUUUGUCGGCGGUCUCCCUU